CCGCAACAAAAGGAAAAAGGAGAAAAAAAAGAGAAAUCUCUCUCUUUUCAUCCCCAAAUCUUUUUUUUUUCUCUCUCCAUUUUCCCCUCUUUUCUUCUUCUACCCGAUUUUCUUUCUCUCAUCCGUCACUCUCCUUCUUCUUCUUUCUCCAAUCCCAAAUUACCUCCCAACAUCAGAAUCGGUCAGCCAUCCUCAACUAUCCUCUUAAAAUUUAUCAAUAACACCCAAGAAUUCCAAAUCUCGAAAUCAAUUUCCUUUCUUCCCCAUUCAAUCGUUUCUCUAAAAUCCGGCCGGUGGUCGAGCCUGAAAACAACGCGGACGAAUUUUGGAUAAUCUCUCUCUUUUCAUCCCUAAAUAAUCUCAACCUACCAAAUGGAAUCUGGCCUCCAACGGGAAAUUCUUGGUCUACCUAUAUGCAAUUCCACCAUGGAAUUUAAUACUCUCCGCCGGCGCUGGGGGAGGCGGAGGCGGAGGCGGAAUUGAAUCGGCGCUGGCGGAAAGGGCGAUGCGCCGCCAGCAGGCGCAGCUGGAUCGCACGCACUACGGCGCCUAGAAGGCGCUCUGGGGGCUCAAGUUCAUCAGCGACGGCAAAAAAAGCCACGUCGACGGCUGGAGCGAAGUCGAGAGGAACGGUUGACGAUAUGGCGAGUAUUGCUCGUGAGUUCUUUAGUUUGCCAGUGGAGGAGAAGAUGAAGCUUUAA